GCAAAGCCGAGGAAGACCAGCAAAGCAGGGACGGGGCAGCCCACCGCUGCCGGGACGACACAAAACCAUGGGCAAGGGCGGCGAAGCAAAGCCCGAGCCUGGAGCCUUGAAACGGAGGAUCGAGCGCCACCCGCGCCUCGAGCCCAUCCCCAAGGUGCUCUACGAGGACGCGGCCACGAACGUGCCGUCGACGCCCUACUACGACGCGCUGAAUCGAAGAGUCGACGAGAUCGUGGCCAAGGCCCGGGCCGUGGCCAAGGAACCGGAAAUACACAUCUUGGUCGCGGGCGACGGCGCGUUAGUCUACCCGAAUCGGAUCGUGUGGCUGCCCUGGGUCAUGGGCGCCGUCGCCGGCUAUCUGUGCACGACGGCGCCCUCGCUCAGAGCCUUCCUCUGGAUGCUGCCGGCCAUGUAUCUCGGGUAUGAUUUCUAUAGUGGUGUCUUACAUGUGGCUUUGGACGAUCCGAAGAACAUGCAGGGCGUCAAGUCCUACAUUUUGUUCCAGGGGUGCCUCGAGUUCCAGUGGCACCACGCCAUCCCCUACGACGGGGCCUCGAAGCCUUUUAUCGCUUGUUGUGCCGACCUGAACAUCAUCGUCUUGAUCCUCAUGGUCCUGAAUUGUGGAUUGCUGGGCUACACGUCGGGCACGCGCGCGGCGCUGACCGGUCUCAAACUCUUCUUCGCGUACUUCGGGCAGUAUUGCCAUCGGGCGGCACAUACGCCGAAGUCGAAAAGACCACAGUGGGUCCAGUUCCUCCAGUCCACGGGCUUCAUGACGCCGCAAGCCAAGCACAACGGCCACCACCGGCCGCCCCACGACGAGAACUUCUGUCUGAUCGGGAAGAUGGACCCGGCCGUGAACGGCCUCAUCAAGCUGUGCGGCACGAACGACUGGGUCUGGUUCGGCCUCUGGCUCGGGCUGUCGUGCUGCGACGUGGCCCUCGUGCACCGGGGCCUCGCGUGCGUGGCGCCGGGGCUGUUCCCCUAAGAUUCUAGAAGCACAUUCACCGCGUAUUACUAUGGCUCGCCAG